UGGAUGAUGUUCAAAAAUUGAAAAAUAAAGACUCAACUAGAUUAGCAAGUCUUAAAGAUAUUUCCGAGCGAUACUUCAGAAGAAUAAGUGAAACCAAAGACGUGUUUGUAAGAACAGCAACUUACAACAAAGCUGCAGAGAAAUUGAAUAAAUCUGGCAUCGUUAUUUUAAGCGGGAAUGCUGGAGAAGGAAAGACUACCCUUGCGGUACAACUUUUGCUUGAAUCUUGCCCGCUGGAAAAAAAUACUUAAACUUUCAAUUCCUAAGGAUAUGGUCGAAUUCAGUACCAAAGAAUGGAAUGGAAUUUUCAUUGACGAUAUCCUUGGAACAACUGUAUUAGAACACGACAAAGCCACAUAUUGGAACGAUUAUUUACGUGACCUGCAACAUGAUGCACACAAAAUGGGGUUGUACAUUGUCAUUACAACACGCCAGAAUAUUCUAAGCCAAGCAAAUAAUCGCCUCAACUUGGAUCUUUUUAAAGAGGAUAACAUCAUUAAUGUGUCAUCUUUAGGCCUUACAAAAGAAGAGAAAAGGAUAAUCAUCAAGAAUCAUUUAACCAAAAAUAGAAGAACAUCAUCACUGGCAAGUUUGAAUGCCUGUGUUUCUAAUUGGAAAGAUACUGAGUGCAAAGUUGGAUUCCCAGAAUAUGCAGUCAUGUUUGCUUCAAAUAAUACACUGUUUGAAAAGGGACCUUCCUUUUUUACAACACCUUUCAAAUUCUUUGAAAUAUUUUUGUCAGAACUUUCGAAAAACAAAGACGAGUUUAUGAUACUUGUGUUAUUAUGGACAAAACCUUCAAAAAGAUUAUCUAAAUUUGACUUAGAACAUGGAAAUCUCGACUCACUAACAGAUAUAGCAAAUGCGCUAGGCUAUGAUUUGAAAAAGAAAUCAAAGACUUUGCGAAAGGUCCUUCAGCAUCACAAAGAUGGGAUACUCUGUCAAACUGACAGAAAAGAUGAAUACUCAUUCGGUCACGAUAUUAUUGAAGAUGUUGUCGGUCUUCUUUUGAGUAAAGAUAAUCCAGACCUGGCCAUACAAUACGGCACUAAAAGCUUCAUUUUGAAAUAUGUCACGACAAAUUACAGAGUCAAAGAAUGUGUAUUUGUAGACGAGAGAAGAUUUUCUAUUCUUGGUAAAAGGCUGAACGAGCUAAUUUUCGCAGGUGACGACGUAUGUCUGGGACAAGGUGACGCAUAUAACACAUAUAGAAUAUUCAGACAGGGAAUUGAGAAUAUGUGCGGAGGGAAAACGUUUUCAGAUAUAUCGAUUUUAGAUCACGAAGUUUUCAGGGAUGAGGAGUUUAUUAAGGAGUAUGUUAGCCUUUUAAAUGAAAACAACAUAGUAUCCACUCCAGUUUUAGAAGUUUUUGAACAUUUUCGAAAUCCUUACAACAUAGUUUUUGGUAAUGGUGAAAUGGGGGUGUGUAUACCUGGAGUUCUUCUUGCAAUCGCCAAUACAAAAAUGGUCGAAGAAUGCAUUCAACGUAAAAUCCUUCCAAACAGAGAAAAGUAUCUAGCAUUGCUAAUUGCUACUCGUGACAAAAACGAAACGUUGAUCCAAAAGCUCUUACAUGCAGACGCAGAAGUAAAUGAAGACACAUUGCAAAUCGCAGUUGUAAACGAAAGCAUUGAAAUACUGAAACGUCUUUUGCCCAAACUGAAUUCAAGCUGUAGCUGUGGUCACAUACAGAAAGGAAAUUCCCCAUUGAUAACUGCGGCAAAGAGAGGCUCGUUUGAAAUUGUUGAAUGCUUGCUUAAAAAUGGCGUUGACAUAAAUCAUAGAAAUAAACAAGGACAGUGUGCCCUCGAUAAGGCUGUUCUAUGUAAUGAAGUUGACAUAUGUGAAGCUCUCAUUCAAAAAGGAUGUCAACUUGAUGUUAAAGCGGGUAAAUUUAAUCGAACACCUCUUCAUGCAGCUGUUGAUAUGGGCAAUAUCGAAAUAGUUGAAUUGCUGUUGAAUAAUGAAGCAUCUCUUUAUAUUACGGACCACCGUGGAGACAGUCCUAUACAUACUGCAGCUGUUCGUGGUCAUAUGGAGAUUUUUAGGCUUCUACUGAACAGGGACAAAAGUGUUGCUAUGAACAGUUUCAAAUAUGGCAGACAGAUCACAACACUCUAUCAUUACGCUGUGAUCAAAGAAAACAGAGAGCUGUUGCAGAUUCUUAUAGAAAACGACAUAGAUCCGAAUAUGCAAGAUCAGUUUGGCAGGACGCCUUUGUACUUUGCAGUAUAUCAUAACAAACCAGAGUUUGUCGAUCUACUGAUUGAAAAAGCAGAUGUGACAUUGGCAGAGAAUGGAUAUACACCUUUACAUGCUGCAGUGUUCAAGCUUAACACAGAUCUCGUCGAAAAAUUAUGCAAGUACUAUACAUAUAUCAGAAUGGUCGACCGGAAAGGAAAUUCGUUGCUUCAUGUGCUAAAGAAUGUCAGAAAAAAGAGAAAUGACAACGAUACUUGCGUUCGCGUUUCAGAAUGCAUCAAAAUACUUCUUAGAAAAGACAAAGAUUUCGAAACAAUGCAAAAUAAAAAAGGAGAAAUAGUCAAUUUAUUAUUUGACGGAGACCUUUACUUCGUUUCUUAAAAUUCUAUAACUUUACCUUUAUCAUAAUGGAAUUUUAGAAAGUGAAUAGCAUAUGAAAACCUUAUCAAAAAGGAGCUUUUCUUUCAACAAUUCGAUGAAUUUCGUUCCUAUUUCAGACCACGGUACAAUAUCUGGCCUUAAGUUGGUCUGGACAAUACUUAGGAAAAGAAGCUUCUUGCUAAGAUCCAUCUCCAUGUUCAAACCUGUUGUGCCAUCUAGAAUUGAUGGUUGGGGUGACAGUUUUGGCAGUUUCUUCAUUUUUUGUUGUCCACUUGUCUGACCUCCUAUCGGUACUGCUAAAGUUACAAAAGAGGUUAUGAAAGAAGUAGAUGUUAUAAAUGAUGAUGGUAAAAGUUUUAUCUGAGCAUGUAACGGAUAUGACAACAAUGGUAACUCAGAAACAAUGUUUCAGACCUAGAAAAAGACAGCAUGAGUCUAAAGUAAAGGUCCUUGUACAGGAGAACGACAAGUUAGGAAAACGGUCAAAUAAUCUAGGGCUAAACAAAGGUCGUUAGAAGAGACAAACAACGAAUUGGAACAAUAUACACGCCGCAGUAGUGUACACAUCUAUGGGCUAGUUGAUGAAUAUAAUGAGAAAGGUAUAGAAACUAUCGCAAAGAUUCUAGCUUUUCUCAAAUAUAAACUACAGAAGAACCCUUCAAAUUCUGAUAUAGAUGCUUGCCACAGACAUUUUAUUAUUUUAUGCAAAUAGUUACAGGCCGGUUCUGCUUAGAUUUGUCAGGCGAACCAUGCAAAUUGACAUCAUAAGAGCCCGACAAACCUUGAAAGACACUAGCAAGAGCAUUCGUGAGAACCUCACUCAUCUUUAUGCAAAACUUCUCUCUGAUGCAUUUAAUUACAAGGAUAAAUUUGAAUCUGUAUAUAGGGAGUCAUGAAUGGAAAAUUAUCGCUUUGCCUUAAAAUACGGGCUUUUUAUAGUUCGUCAGCUUUCUAUUGGCUGUGACGCGCUAAAGAUUUUUAUUUUAAAACUCGCGGGAACUUACUGACCAAUCAAAGUCGAUAGGUAACGAAACCUUCUUUCGCUUUUAUCUGCUCACAUGACCGCCAGCUAACAUCUAUUGAACUAUAAAUUCAAUAUAUCACAUAUUUCGUGUAAAAAGCAAGGCCGCACCCAUUACAUAUGGGUGAUACCGUUGACUAUUAGAAGUAAAACAAAAUUGUCAAUAUUUUGUCAAUAUUUAAAAAUAGUUUCAAAAAAUAUUUAUUAAAUCAACUUUAGUAUGGUCCAUGUCUAUUAUACAAACAAGAUCCGAUCGUAAUAUUUAUACAUGUAUUUUUUGUUAUCUUAAUUCCUUACUUUAAAAUGUUUUCUUCUAAUGGGUGUCUGUCUUAGUCUUACCUUCGUUCGUUGCAGAUUGAAAUGAUGCACAGAAGUAAGUGAUUAUGUUUAAUUAUAGUUAUUAAUGAAAUGAAUUGUAGGAAUGUACAGUAUGUGUGUGUUCAGAUAUAUGUUAAAACUGCGAUUACCAUUUAAUCAUUUUUACAUGUUAUAUUUUCGACCCUUGAUAUGUUUUUUGUUGUUUUUUCAUUUAGAAAGCCCAUUGUUAAUAAGGUGUUACCAAUCUGUAUAUGUCUAAAUGUGUUA